CGGCGGCCCGGAGGGAGUGGGCGUCUCUCCAGUCUCCGCAACCCGGUCAUGCCCCUGCGGUCCCGUCACUGGCUCGCCUGAGCCGCUGGCGCAUGUGGCCGUGUGCGCGUCCCCGGCCCCUCCGUAGGCGUCCGGCGCCGGGCUCCGGCGCGGCCUCGGUGUCCCCGCUGGCCCCCGGCCGGUCUUCCGCGUUGCCGCCCGCCGCCGGCCCGUCAGCCAUGCAGACGCGGGCGCUGCUUCUGUCCGCGCUGACCGCGCUGGCGCUGGCCCGGGAUCCCCCGGCGGCGCCGUGCCCAGCGCGCUGCGAUGUGUCGCGGUGCCCGAGCCCCCGCUGCCCCGGCGGCUACGUGCCCGACCUCUGCAACUGCUGCCUGGUGUGCGCUGCCAGCGAGGGCGAACCGUGCGGCCGCCCCCUGGAUUCGCCGUGUGGGGAGAGCCUGGAGUGCACGCGAGGUGUGUGUCGCUGUCGCUGGGCUCAUGCUGUGUGCGGCACCGACGGGCACACCUAUGCCAACGUGUGCGCGCUGCAGGCUGCCAGCCGCCGGGCGCUGCAGCUCUCUGGGACGCCCGUGCGCCAGUUGCAGAAGGGCGCCUGCCCAUCGGGUCUCCACCAGCUGACCAGCCCACGGUACAAGUUCAACUUCAUCGCCGACGUGGUGGAGAAGAUCGCACCGGCUGUGGUCCACAUAGAGCUCUUCCUGAGACAUCCGCUGUUUGGCCGCAACGUGCCCCUCUCCAGCGGCUCGGGCUUCAUCAUGUCGGAGGCCGGCCUCAUUGUCACCAACGCCCACGUGGUGACCAGCACCAACACCCUCUCAGGCCGGCAGCAGCUCAAGGUGCAGCUGCAGAAUGGUGACACCUACGAGGCCACCAUCAAGGACAUCGACAAGAAGUCGGACAUCGCCACCAUUAAGAUCCAUUCCAAAAAAAAGCUCCCGGCGCUGUUGCUGGGCCAGUCGGCAGACCUGCGUCCCGGCGAGUUUGUGGUGGCCAUCGGCAGCCCCUUCGCCCUGCAGAACACAGUGACCACGGGCAUCGUGAGCACGGCCCAGAGGGAUGGCCGGGAGCUGGGCCUGCGGGACUCGGACAUGGACUACAUCCAGACAGACGCCAUCAUCAACUACGGGAACUCCGGGGGGCCGCUGGUGAACCUGGACGGCGAGGUCAUUGGCAUCAACACGCUGAAGGUUGCCGCCGGCAUCUCCUUCGCCAUCCCCUCGGACCGCAUUGCGCGCUUCCUCACGGAGUUCCAGGACAAGCACCUGAAAGCCCUCUCACCAGCAGCUCAUUGAGAGCGGGGGGCCUCUGCAUGCUUGCCCGUCCUCCACCACUCCGCCAGCCGAGCACACACAGCCCAGUACAGAAAAGACCGGGGCCGUGAGGACUGGUUACGUGAAGAACUGCUGUUGAGGACUCCGUUUGGUUCAUCAGUGUCCCUUAUGUGAAAAUAGCCUGGAGCCAGGGCAGUGCCUGUCUUCCCUAAUAACUCUGAAGGCUUCUAUUGGCCAGAGGGGCCAUCUAACCUCCUGAGCCCUUUUCCUCUUGGCUGCUAGGAAGCUCAGAACUUGACCCAGGGCUGUACCUUCGUACCUCACAGUCUUGGUCCUUUCUCUAAUAAGUGGGCUUUUCCACUGUAAUUAUCUCCUGCUCCAGGGGCCUUUGACUUUUGCCACCUUCCUGCAAAUCGGUGGAGCUGCACUUUGCACAGAUUGAGCUGUGAGGUGACUGUUUUGUUGGAAAUGGGAUGAUAACAUCCUCUCCCUUCCUGCCGCUCUUCCUUUGCUCUCACAGACAGGAACCCACCAGGGGCCAGGUGCACCCCUUUGUUAUCCAGGGACUGACCCUGUCGGCACUGACCUCACCCCAGACCCUCCCAGAGCUGUCCCCUCUCCCAGGACAUGUGGACUAAUUGAAGAGUCCACUAAAUCUUAGCUGGAUGACUGAAGAAUCUAUAAUUUAAAAUCCUUUUGAAGUUAGCUGGUGUUCAUUUCUGCUUUUUUUUUUUUUAAUAAAAAUAUCAAACUAUCCAAACCC